AUGGAAGAAAAAAAUGAAGGAGUAAUAAAAAGUGGAGCAUAUAGAAAUUUAAUAAGUGGGUCAAUUUUACAUUGCCUAGAAACAGCAAGUUUAGGUUUACCUUUAGAAGUUUGGAAAACACGUAUGUGUAUUUAUCGGAAUGAGAAUACAAUUAGUUCAUUUCAAAAUAUUUAUAAUAAAGGGAUUGGACAAUUUUAUGGAGGGUUUUAUGCUAAGUUAGUAGAAAGUAGUACUAAAGGUGCAGUAUUAUUAUUAUCAAAAGAAAGAACAAUAAAAAUUUUGAACGAUUUAAAUGUUAAUAGUACUAUUAGUGGAUUUGUAGGUGGAGCUUGUGGAGGUAUAUGUCAAUCAUUAGUUAUGACACCAUGUACAUUUUUUAUAACAGCAAGUAUUGAUAAAAAUAUUAAUUAUAAAGAAAAACUUAUAUCUAUUUUUAAGCACUCUGGUAUUUCAACAUUAUAUAAAGGAAACUCUGCUAUGUGCUUAAGACAAGGAACAAAUUGGGCUAGUAGGCAAGGAAUUACCGAAUGGGUAAGAAAUAUGUAUAUUAGUAGAAAACAAAAAAAAAUUGAAAAAGAAUAUAAUAAUGUAGAAAAUAUUAUAAAAGGGAAUGGAAAAACACCAGAAAAUCUCAAAAUAUGUGAUAUAUCUAGUCCAAAUAAUUUAAAUUCAAAUCAAAAAAAUAAUAAUGAAUUAAAUACAAGCGAAGAAAUUAUUUGUGGUAUUAUAGGUGGGUCAUUAUCAGUAUGGAAUAAUCCGUUUGAUGUCAUUCGAGUUUAUAUGCAAAGUAAUGCAAAUAAAAAUAUUAAAUUAAGUUUUACACAAUCAUUUAUAAAUUUAUAUAAAGAAGGUGGAAUAUUAUAUUUAUACAAAGGUGUCAUACCUCGUUGUUUUCUUUGUAUUUGGCAAACACUAUUUAUGGUGACUGGCAUUAAAAUAUUGAAUAAUUAUUUUUAG